AGGAAUGUGAAUCAGUCUCUCUGUCUGUCUUGGGUGAGCUCUCUCCACUCUUCAUUACGCAAUGCAGACAGUAGUCCUAUUUGUUUCUAUAACAUUGUAUUACUUUUUAAAAAUGUAUAAGUAUAAAGGAUUAUAAUACAUAGAAUACAUUUGUUGAGUCUAUAGGAACAGAAUAUCUAACUGAUAAAAAUAGUUUACCACGAAAAGAGACUUUACCACAAGCUUGUUGAAGAGACAACUAUCUAACUAUCCAGUGGAGUAAUCCUGUAAUCCUCCCGAACCCCAUUCCAGCAUUUACAGAGAAUCUCUCUUUCAGGCUUUUUGUUUCCCUCUCUUUUUAUUACCGAAUUCUCGGGAUGCGGGUGUUCCUGUUCGCAGCGACGGUACUUUUCGCACACAAUCUCACCGGGUCUGGUGCCGGCGCCGAGUCCAGCUCCAAAAAGUGUUCCUCCCAGUGCGACGUGAGCGCGUGUCCUAGUCCGAAAUGCCCCAGCGGGUAUAUCCCAGACCGGUGUAACUGUUGCCUGGUGUGUUCCCGGGGCGAGGGUGAACUCUGUGGCCGGAAAAACGACCUCCUGUGUGGGGACGGCUUAGAGUGUAGGUCCCCUAACGGUCCUAACGAGGGCCUGGCGGGGAAGCGGAGCUCCAAGCGGCGGCUGUGUCAGUGUAAGAUGGGGUAUAAGGUGUGUGGUAGCGACGGGAAGACGUACAGGAAUGUGUGUCGGAUGAAGGCUGCCAGCCGGAAAGCUCUUCAGAAGGAAAGGGAGGCCAUCACCCAAGCACACAAGGGACCCUGUCCAUCAGGUAAUAUAGGUCCUGUCCAUCCCAACAGCCCACGAUACAAGUUCAACUUCAUAGCUGACGUGGUGGAAAAGAUGGCUCCUGCUGUGGUUCACAUUGAGCUCUUCCUCAGACAUCCUCUAUAUGGUCGUCAUGUCCCUCUGUCUAGUGGUUCUGGGUUCAUCAUCAGCCACUCCGGACUCAUCGUAACCAACGCUCACGUGGUAACCGCUGCUGCCACGGUAACGGGCCGACCACAGCUCCGCGUGCAGCUCCAUGACGGGGGAGCGUAUGAGGCCACGGUCCGGGACAUCGACAGGAAGUCGGAUAUCGCCACCAUCAAAGUCAACCCUCAGAAGAAGCUUCCUGUUCUGUCUCUGGGUCGGUCAUCUGAUCUGAGACCAGGAGAGUUUGUGGUUGCCAUUGGCAGCCCCUUCGCACUCCAGAACACCGUUACCACGGGGAUUGUGAGCACGGCCCAGAGAGAUGGGAAGGAGCUGGGCAUCAGAGACUCAGAUAUAGACUACAUUCAGACUGACGCUAUCAUCAAUCUCAGCAACAUUUUGUACGGAGAGACUCAUGAGGCAGUUGCAAGCUAA